GAUGCACAGAAAAAGAAAUAGGACUACAACAGACUGGUAAGUUGGUAACUAAAACGACUAGCCAAAAUUUAGCUUUUACCGGCUCACCGCUGGUUCUUUUCGUCGGCGGUAAGUCGUUGUUCGCUUCUUCUUUCUCUCCGGUACGAUCCUCUGCCGGAAUCCGGAAGCGACUCACAGGAAAUUUCUCUGAGGGGAGCAACUCAGUGUUGUUUCUGAUCCAGGUCGGUGAAGCAAAAAGAAAAAGAAAUUGGUGGAGUUCUGACGGCGUUGAUUGGGGGUAAUCUGGUCGGAGAAGGUGAGUCUCCGAUCAGAAGAAAUGAUAACUCGUUCCAAGCUCGUGGAGCAGCUCUUUGAAGAUUAUCGGAUCCGAGCCCGGCACCGGUGUCCUGCGCUCUCCAUUUUCUCCCCGAAGCCGCAUCUCGUUUCCUGGGCUGAUGUUGCCGUGGCACUCGUUUGGGCACUGGUCUUCAGCAUGCUUGUAAUCUUGUCAUGUUUAGCCAUUCAUUUCCGGCACUUCUGGGUUUCAGCCAUUGAAAUCUGUCUUGCGAUGUUGCUUCUUUUACGCCUCCAAAGUUCAAGGCAAGCACUAGCCAAAAAGAGGGACAGGGGGCUUCCUUUGUCGAUGUAAAUAACUUCCCUGAAGAGAACGAAAGAAGUAGUACAGAAUGAUUUCCUGAUCCAGGGGGUUUCUUCUAGCAUCUAACUAAUGAUUCUAAAAUUUGGAGCACCUAGUCAUCUGGAAAAAUCAAGUGCACAGCGUCCGGAAUGGUAUGCAUUUUUCUUUCUUCUGAACCAAUGUUGUUACAUUACCAAUACCAUACCCAAGGCAUGCACUGCUCUUUUCUUACUGACAUGUAAAGGUAUCGAUCAUCGUUUCAGUUGAGGGCAGCAACAUAGCGAUUUUUUGCUCCCAGCUGGCUUGUAAACCUGUUUACUUUACGAGAAUCGUUCUGAAAAGGGAUCUUGUAGAAUCAGCUGUAAGAAAAUUAUUUGUAGCGAACUCCUAAAUUUAAACUGGGCCGGUAUGUCCCAGUUUUACCUAUUUGGCAAGAUAUUUAUCUAUCAUAUUCCCUGCGUUCUUCAAUCAGCCUCGCUUGUUCUAAGUUUUUGCUAGUGAUUGAACCUUAGCUUGAGGUUUGGACUUACGAUAGGGUGAGAAAUUGCUUAUCAACUUGUUUAAGAGGCUAAGAUAAUUGCUUGAAGUGCAAAGAGUUUAAAUCUCUAAUCAGCCCACCAAUUGCUAAGCAUUUCCUUUUCAUCUCCCAGGAAAAAGACAUAACACACAGACCUACCAUCCACCAAUUUGGACCAUUCUUUUCUCUAAUCUGAAUCCAUUUGCCUUAUAGAAUUUGGUCUUUGUUAUAUUGUUAGCCAACCAUAAUAAGUACCUUCCAACAUCUUUGAGGUUGAACUGAGAAAACAGAACAUUUCGAAUAUGCUGCGAGAAACAAGAAAAGCUUCAGGAAACCUGGUUUGUGGGAAAGAAGGAAAUAUCUUUCUUUUUUAAUGAUGAUGAUGGUGCAGUCCUGUUUUGCAGGGACCAUAUAUAUCACUAGUCUACAAUCGUGCGCUCACUGAUUGAGAUUAUGCAUGUUUCUUGUACACUUUUGUUCUAUGUCCCCAUUCUUUUGUGGGUUGCUCUGUGUUCCAAAGUCAACUAAAGAAGCCCAGAUGGACACGAGAAGCAUGAUUGGCAUAUUUAGGGAGGCGAAGUGAUGAUGGGGUAUAAUAUAUCUCUCCUUGUCUAUGAUCUUUUCCCUAUCUCUUUUCUUUUCAUAAAGCCUCAAAUGUGGUUGUUGUUGUUGUUGUUGUUGUUGCUGUUGUAUGGUCCCCUUUAGGGUAGGGGACCAAAUUAGCUCUGUAUCCUCAAACAUGGAUUGAGGUACCAGUUGUCAUCCUCAAAGGAAGAAGAGGAGGAAAAGGCACAAAAGGAAUAUAACAUAGAGUUGAUAGUGAUUGAUAGCUUUGCAGGUGACCCAUCUAAUUCAUCUUUUUUGAUGUGUUGCCCCCAAUGCAUGUGGGAUUGGUUAUUAUGCUUAUAGGGCCGCAUGGGCUGGCAUCGUUGUCGUCGUCAGCUCGUCACUCACUCGAUCUCAGCUGUUGGAUCGAUGUGGGCGAUAUCAUCUACAAGAUUGCCAUCGGGUCGAUCCAACUGAUGAAUUCGCGUGGGGAGACCAAUCUCGAUGGUAUCCACAUAUGCUUCUUACCCUUUUGAUCUGCAGCCCUUCUGUGUGUUUCUAUAGAAUGACAUUUGGAAACAUAUCUGUAUAGUCGUAGUAUAGAUAGCAAAAGAAUGAGGGGAUGGCUUCUUUAUUUUGCAGAUGAUAUUAUUGUGGUGCAGGGGGCCUAAUAAGCUGUGAAAUGAUGAAAGACCAUAUCAUGCUGCAUCAGGUAAUGGUAGUGGCUCAUUAUGGCAUAUACAAGGGAUGAUUGAUAACAAAUGACUUAUGAGCUGUUUGUUUCCUGAGAAUAUUACUGAAAUGAAUAGGGAAAGGGGAAAAAUAGUAGAAUGGCUUAAGGGGGCGCAUGGGGUUGGUGUAGGGUAUAUAGUUUAGUGGCACAAAGAAAGAAAGUACCUUUUUUGUUUCAUGGAACAUGCUGUCUGUCUGCAUUACCAGUGGAUUUUUCCACGGUGUAAAAAAGGAUUAAAGGGAAACAAACCACUUGAUUGGUUGAAGGCCUCUUUUUAUUUUCUUCUUCCUGCUGUUUCUUUUAGCCUUUUCCUUGAUUGUGUUCUCCUCCUCCAUAGACAAUGCCGUUGGUAAGUGAGGAAGGAAAGGAUGUGUGUUCUUAGAAAGCCAAACAACACCACCCUAGGGUCUAGCUAGCUAGAAAAACGAAUCCCAGAACUCCUGCAUAUUUGCCUCCUACCUGUUUCCCUUUCAGUCUGUAUUCGGAUUUGAGAUGGUAAGAUGGUGCAAAUCACUAGCUAUGUUGUAGAAUCGAUUAUGCAGUGAAGUCGAAUUCACGAUUUAGAGGAUUGAGCGAGAAGGUUUCGGAGAUCGGAGAUGUGCACCCCACACUGCAGAAACCUUUUUCCUUGGAGAGGAGGAUGCAUUCUCAUUGUAGUUCCACUUAGGACCAAAUAAUGGUGAUUCUUGGCCUAACGCAAUGAUUAGAUUGACGUUGAUUAGGCAUAAACCCAUGAACCUGUGUAAGCUAAGACGUGCCAAAACAGUACGUGAAGAAAGUAGCAUUGCAUAAUGACGUUGUUUUGCUUUGAAGGGUGGCCCGCCCAUCGCCUUCUCUUCCCCUCUAUUACCAGUACCAGGAGGCCGGCAAUUAGCACAAGAUUUCAAUAUCUAAGAAACAUAAUCAUGGUUU